GAUAGGGCGAUUACCACAACUUUUCCGCGCAACGUCAAAAUAUCUUACUUCUGUCCGAGACACCGUAUAUUUCUGUGAUACAAAAUGGACAGCAAGUCUGUAACCGAGACGAAAACACAAAAUAAUUUGCUCAAAACUAGAAAAAGAAGACGUUCAAACCUAUGUCUGAACAAGCCAAAGCAACGUGCGAAAUUGGCAAAGCUGCAUUUACUUCCAGGAGAUACUGCAGCAACUGGAGAGCGCCCAACUAAGUCUUCUGAUAUCAGCAGUACGCCAAUGGAUCAGCGCCUCCCUGUAUUUCAGGACGAUAUGCUUAACGCACCACAUAGGAAAAAGAAUAUGAAGUCAUCUUUCGCAAAAGAUUGUUUUAAAAAAAAGCACCUUCGGGACCAUGACUGAAGAGAUUAUGGAAAUAUUGCCCGGGUUCCUGCAAAAACUACACCAUGACAAUUUGUGUUAUGACUUUUGCAACUUUAUCAAAUUAGUAUGCAAUAAGAAAUUCCCAUUUACAAAUAUUUCAUUCCUUUUGUUUCUCGAUGUUGUUAGACGGUGCCAGUAUUUAUCGGUCUAACGGAAAAACAAUGCGAUGUUUGAAUUCAGUGUUGUACGGUGCUCCUUUAUUCGGGUCAGUAGGCAUUUUUUCAACAUAUAUUCCCUGAAAUUUACGAUAGAAACACACAAUUUUGUAUGGAACUUGAACUAAGGGUUAACCAUAAUAAAUAUACGAGCUCGUUAGGUCAUAGAACAGAUACAUCGUCGUAAAAACACAUGUUUUUGUGACAAGUACGAGUCAUGUUAAGGUACACACGAUCUUUUGUAAACGCUAUUUCUUUGAAGUAUGUGUUUUUUGUGAAUUGUAUUGUGCUAGAUUAACGAUAAAUUGUCUCAAAAAUUCGAUUGAAUACUUAAACAAUUGGAAUAAUUUUGCAAUGUCCACCAGUAAGAUAUUUUGUAAGCUAUUACCUGAAAUUUGUUUAUCCCGCCGUUAAUAUUUUGUCCAGAAAUAUACGGUGUCUCGGUCAAAAGGAUGAUAUUUUGACGUUG